UCAUGCACAUAGCAAAAUGACGUAGUCGUGAGCCCGGGUUGCCAUUGGUCGUGACCGCUGUGAGAGCGACGCUAGCCUAUUAAAUGUUAAUGCACGCAGCGAUAUUUUCCCGGUUAGUGUGACUCACGGUAUCACGCGACACAGCCGAUCACUGAGCGAAAACAAGCUCGAUUUUCGUUUCUAGCAGACAUAGAUUUGUUCCCUCCAGGAAACCCUUCCCUCCGUUUAAUCUUGUGUUUGUGUGUCGUGGGUGGAUAUUCGGCAUGGAGCAAGGCCCACCGCCUCAACCGCCUGAGCAGCCGGGAGCGUACGGCCAGCCAGGCGGCUACCCACCACCGGCUGCCGGAGCAGGCUACCCACCACCACCCGGUACCGGGGCAGGAUACCCACCACCUGCUCCUGGUUGGAAGGGCUAUCCACCGGCAGCGGGCUAUCCAGCUGGACAAGUGCAACAGCAAAUGCCGAUGGUGAGCGUGCAGCCAGGGUAUGGCCAGCAACCGGCCGGGAUGGGCCAACCGGCUCCGGCCCAGUGGAUGCCGGCUCCCCCGCCUGUUAGCAACUGCCCGCCGGGUCUGGAGUACCUGUCGCAGAUCGACCAGCUACUGGUGCAUCAGCAAGUGGAAUUGUUUGAAGUUAUGGUCAACUGGGAAACUGCCAACCGUUACCAAGUCAAGAACAGCCUGGGCCAGCAGGUGUACUUUGCCCAUGAAGAGUCGGACGAGUUUCAGAGACAGUGUUGCGGAGCAAAGCGCGGUUUCACAAUGCACAUCACUGACAACAACAACACGGAGGUGAUGCGUGUCAUCCGGGAAUUUAAGUACUGUGGCGGGUGUUGCUGGUGCGCAAGCGCAGGCCCUUGCUCGAUGGAGAUCACCGUAGAAGCGCCCGUAGGCCACGUGGUCGGCCAUGUCAAACAGACGGCAAGCUUUAUGGCGCCAGAGUUCGACAUCCUGAAUGAGAAAGAGGAAUGCGUCCUGUUGAUCCGGGGACCCGUGUGUAUCUGCCAGGGUGCUCUCUGUACCGGAGAUCAGGAAUUCAAGAUCAUGAACAGAGAUGAAACGCAGGAGGUGGGGAAAAUCAGUAAGCAAUGGUCAGGACUCGUCAAGGAGUACUUCACAAAGGCAGACAACUUUGGCAUCUCGUUUCCCAUGGAUCUUGACAUUGGGAUGAAAGCAACGAUGCUUGGAGCUGUCUUCCUCAUCGACUUCAUGUUUUUUGAGCAGCGGCAGCAACAGGACGACGAUCAUCAUCACCUUUAAAAAGUGAGCCCUAAAGGGCGCCCCCAAGACCUGGGCCGGAGGAGGUGCUGCAUAACGCUGAUUACUGCUAAUCAGCGCCCGACGAUCUUAUGUUUUGCUUUUAUUAGGAUUGGAAUUAGUCGUUACAUUUAGUGCUUUCAACUAGAUAAAAAAGUUUGCGAUAAAUGUCAAGAAAAAGACCUCGUAAAUGUGCUAAACCUAAUGCACCAUGAGAAAGCAGACAAUGGUGAUAGUAAGAACUGCAGACGCAUGCGCCUGAUGAAAUGUAUUGCAUCACCAUUUUGUUGUGUAUAUAAUUCAGUCGGCAGUCUACAUUUCGAGUUGCAAACGGUGAAACAUCGACGAAUGGGUCUGAUGAUGCAAACACAGAGAACUGUUAAUGUAAUCACAAUUUUUGUCUGCGCAAUGUACGUCUAGUAUCCCAGAUACCCUAAAAGGGAAAGCUAUAUUGAUAUACAUGACGUCAUACCUCAGGUACUACAUCUUAUGUGUUUGAUUGUAAAACAUUCCGCUGUAACUGCUUCCUAAAACAAUGAUGGAUGAAAUCUGCACUACGGGCCUUUCACAAAAGUGCGCCUCCAAGAGUUUGCAACGCGUUGACCGGUCACAGUGCGCAAAAUCUGUCG